GAGUGUUGUUGACAUUUAUUAACAUCAAUGAACAGCAGUUAAUAAUUACCCAUUAACAGCUGAUAAAAAGAAAGCACAGGGAGAGAAGUGCGUUUUCAAAAGCUUGCCCAUCCCUUGCCCUUGAUAAAUGGGUUAGCCGAAGCAUUCAUUAAGAAGUGCUUGCAAAAUCAAUAGUUCUUAAGGAAAUAUGGGUCGUGUUUGUUUACAUUUUGCAGUCGGAGUGCAGUGCAGGCGGAAAAAGUCCUAAAACCCUGUAAAAGAAGAAAGGACAAGAAGAUAUGCAGGCAAGCAUUGUUUUUUGUGGCGUGACCCGCGGUUUUGGGAAGAGCAGAGGCCUGGAAUGAAGAACGUAUUGACUGUGAUUCCCUGUGUGACAUCAUGAAUGACUUAAUCUCCAUGGAAAUGUCGACGUUCACUUCAGGUACAAUGGAGACGACUGAAGCAGUGAUGUUGGGGGCAGAAGAUGAUCUUCGCAACCCCAUAGAGAAAAGUUCUUCUGAUAACAAGACUACUUACAUUCAAAAUGUUUUUGAUGACUUGCAAAAUCCAGAUCUGGGGUACCUAGUUCUGUCACUAUUGGUAGCUAUAACAUGGUCCAUCUACAUAAUUCUCUUCAACUCACGUGUACAGGGUCGCAUCUUAACCGCUAUUCUAAGAAGAUUUUUCAAGACAGGAGAUCUUGUUAUUGGCUCAUUCUCAUUAUCUGUAUUGUCUGGAAAGAUUAUGUUUAGAAAUGUAGUGUACGUGACAGAAGACUACAGCUUCAGAGUUGUUGAUGGAAUACUUAAAUUUCAUUAUUGGCUACCUUAUGUCAAAAGAGAGUUGUCAGAAGAUAUGUCCCAUUGUGAUCACCGAGUUUGGCUUGAGCUAAAUGGGCCUGAACUACACAUCUACAAUCGUUCUCAGCUGUACUCCAAGCUGGAAAAGACCUUUGGGCUUGAGCAGCUGUUGAUGAGUGGAGGAGGGAAGACGGGCAAGACAGAUGAGGAAGAUGAGGUUGAAGUUGCUCAGACCCAGGCAAAGGAUAUGAGUUUUUGGCAGGACUGGCGCGAUCUCAUUCCAGUCAUAAAGAUUGACCUCAAUAUGGCACGGUUUGUUUUUGGCAAUCGUCUUGUGGCAUCAACUCUCAUCCUAACAACAGACAAAGCAGAAUGUUGUUAUUCAACCAAACAAGCAGCUUGUUCUCUUGAUCAUUUUAUGCAUGUUGUGAAAUCAAAGGCAGAAAAUUUCAGAGUAAUUCUUGCUCCCAGUCCCAAAUACACAGGUGUCCUGGAUGAGCCCCCGAGAUAUAUGGGUGAAGGGUUUGUUGUCAUGUCAUCUAGUCUAGUCAAUUUCUAUCACUAUAUGGAUGAGCCAGGAGUUGUACCAGAACAUCCACAGACAAUGCGUUUGCCAAAUGGAGAUGAAGUAACAGCUUCAGCCCCUGUCUGGGGGCUGGAUAUUAAAUGUGCAAAGGGAACCAACUUGAGCUAUGGGCCUUGGGCUGACCGUCAAAGAGAACAGCUCUUCCGCUUCUUCUUUCCACAAGAUUACCAGACAAUGCAGGUAAACAAAGGUCCAGUGCCUGGGGAGGUGCGGCAAGUACAGCAGUUUGACAUUCGCCUGAGUAUCUUAUCAGAGGCUACAAUUGAUAUUCUUUUUUCAAAGGAAAAGGAAACAAAUGCAGUGCACAUGAAUGUUCAGCGUGGAUCCUAUUUUGAGAUGACUCUGCCUUGGACUGUUGGCAAAGAUGGUUAUACCACAAAGAUCAAUGGUCAGCUUUUCCAUGUUGAUGCUUCGACAAGUCUGCAGUAUCGUAGCCUUCUGGAAGCAGAGUCCCUUGAUUACUGCGUUAAUAUUCAAUAUCCAAGAGUAUGGAAUCAUGACCAGACAUGGGACUUGCACUUCAACAGUAGCAAGGCUACAUACCACUUCCUUUAUGCUCAUAAAGAGUUCUUCCAAGAUUUGAUUGAAGAUUGGUCCUCCCGAGCUCCACCUGACCUUCUUCAUUUUGUGCCAUAUACAUGGAACUUCUGCCUAAGGCUUCAUCAGUUUGAGUUGAUAACCUUAGCAAAUGGUUAUAACUGGGUUGACUGCUCCUCUCAGCACCAGGCAAAUGCUCAUGUUGCCUUUUGUGGGGACUUAUUUGAACUGAAGUUUACCCUUCCAUUUGUAGACUUCUUGCCAGAAACAGUUACCCUCAAGUUUCUCAUGCUAGCCGAGACAGUUGAUCUAAGCUUGUAUCUACCUCCAUCAAAUACUUCCCGAAAUAUCAUUGCUUCCUUGGACCGCAAUGCGAAGUUGGUUGAUCCAGAGGGAAGACCACAACAACCCUUCACAAAUGAUAAAUGGAGAAAGUUUUGUAAACUCAGUGCUGGCUGGAUUGACUGUUGGCAUGUGCCUGAACUACAGCUAAAUAUCGGGUACAUAUAUCAUCCAGUCCCCCCACUUGGACCAUCACCUCAGGCCAAUGUGUCUACACCAGAAAAGGAAGAAUUGCUUUUGUCACCCAUCCGAGCACCAAACAGGAAGAAAUCACCAAUGGAAAUCAACAAAAGUAUACCUCGAGAACUGUUUGAUCCAACUUCAAUGAAUCCUGAUAUAUUCAGUGUGGAUCUACAUAUUAGCAAGCCUUCAGAAAUUAAAUUAUACGGCUCAGUUCUUCGUUUAUUCAUAAAUCUUAAGGAAAAUAUAUUUGGAGAAGAUCAGAAAUUUACUGAUAUGAAUCAGACACAUAUUGAUGAAGAGAACCCAAUUGAUCUAAGCCAACAUGAAGAUUCAAAGUCAAACAGUGUCAUAGAGGAGAAAAAAGCUGAAUUUGAUUUCCGCAAAUAUAGGCAGUUUAAAGUGAAAGUUUAUGUGGAUAUACGGAAUGUGCAUGGACAUCUUGUAAAGGACUGCACAGAAGGUGAUCCUCCCUGCCCAACAGUGUCACUUGACCAUCUAGUGUUUGAAAUGAACAAGAAUUAUACUGAGACGCAGCUGCAGGUUGUGGUGUCCCCAUUAAUCCUCACCACAUCAGACACCUUCAGCCAUCGGCCUCCAGCUCACCAGCACCUGCAUACGGGUUUCCUAAUGCUAUCUGGAUUACAGAUGCGUGGUCAUGCUAUGUUCAGCUCAGAGGAACGAUCUUUAGACGAAGAGACACUUGAGUAUGCUUGGUUGGUGGAGCUCACCAUUGGAACACUCAAGGGAAAACUUACAACACCUCAGCUCCAGAACAUCCUUACAGCUUUAGAAGCCUUUUUGCUGACUGUUGAGGACAUGGAGAACAGUCUACGUCAUCCACGACCCUACAUGUUCUGCUAUCAUAAUACCCCACAGCCACAGUGCAUUCAUACCACUGCAGACCACUUUUGUCCUACUACAGAUGCUAUAAAAUACAAGAUGGUACGAGCUUCUGUAGAUGGUAUUAAUUUGAACUUGGUGGAAUCUGGAACCAUUCUAAGUAUAGAGGUUUAUCCUAUAAGAGUAGCAACUUGCAACCUCCAUGGUCAGCAUACAAGGUCUGGAAUUACAGCUCAUAUCCAGAACAUAAGUGCACGAAACUACAUCUGUGGUCAGUCUGGCCUAAAAGAGAAUGGAGGGCGUAUAGAGGUGGCUUCCACGUGUGGGACUUCCACAAGUGGUGCUGGUGGGGGUGGACUUGGCUUGGCUGAUGUGUAUUCUGAUGUUUGGCUUGAGUCCUCUGCUGUUAUGCUGGGGCCAGUGUAUGUUGAUGCAGCAACCAGUAUGGAUGUCUUGCACCAUGACAUGCAGCUUAUCCAACACAAGUUCCUUAAACUGCAUGAUGAAAAGACUAAGCGCCUGUGGUUCCUCUGGGCUCAGGAGACCACCAAGGUAUCUGCGCAGGUAUUUGGCAAGUGUGGCUGUGUUGGAGGCUGUGCCUUCUUUGGAAACAACAGGAAUGGAUUGCUGUUCUUCAAGCCUGGAAAACAAGACUUUUAUAAUGGCUUGAAUAUAGCCCAGUUGAGAGUGAAUGAGAGAACAGAGGACCCUGGUUAUGGCCAAAGCAUCCUUCAGGAAGGUCAGCUAGUAUUUCAGAGUGGAGCAUAUUCUGAUCUUUCUCAGAGCCAGUAUGACUCGCAUGCAACUGCUAGUAAAGAUCACUAUGCUCUCAGCUCUGGCUACAUGAAGAGUGCAUCUCCAGCCACUCCAGCAGAUAUACAUCGUGGAAACAGUGCUCUCCAUCAUAUUUCAGAUAUACAUUGUACAGAUAGACUAAACCCCCGACACCAUUACCAGAGGGAAGUCUCAGUUACUAGCCAUGAUUCAGACCACCAUAUAGUAGAUAUGGAGUCUAGGAGCCCCAAGGGAACUGAUGAAUCCAAGGAUGUGGUACUGGGUGUACCUGGAGCAUCUCCUGGUAGUCUAUCAGACCUGAGACGGUCUGUGGAUAAUGUGAAUAGUGCAAGGCAGUCAAAGAUGCCUUCUAGUCUGUCCCUGCAAACUGAGCUGCCACUGCAUGCAGCCAGUGGUCCCAGGCUGUCAGUGAGUGGAAUGAGAGAGUCAAAUUCAAAGCAGUCAUUGUCUAGUCAGCAGAGUCUUUUGGCUAGUGUGCAAAGGACCAUCUCUAUUGGUAGUGAAACACAGUCAGAAGCUUUCUUUUCAGCCAAUGAAGACCAAAUGACUGUCAUUGGAAAUGGAGAAGGAACAUUAUCAAGAGUAUCAUCACAACUGAGCCUGCAGCCAGUACUGGAAGAUCAGCAUUCACAGAUGAGGACUGAUCUCUCCAGUGAGACAUCAACACCUCCAACUCCACAUCAUGACCCCAGUAAACUUACCAUCAGUUCUGGAAGUUAUCAUAGUACUGAGGAAGGCUACAAAAACCAAUCAUCUUCCUGUAGUAGAAGUAGACAUGAUAGUAGCAGGAGCACAAGCAGCUGUAGCAGCAGUGGUCACAGUCCAUGCCUAGACCACAGCCAAGCAUCCCUCCUGCAUUCGCUUGGCUCUGAAUCUUCGAGAGGAUCUGAAUACCACCAACCGAAGAGAUCCAGGAAGAAGAGGGAGAGGAUUCAGGCAUCACUGGACUGCAGUGGAGAUAGCAGUUCUGAGGUUGGAAGCGUAUCUAGCACAUCCUUCAUAUCUGCAGUUUCAUCACAAGAGGACAUUGCCCUAGUAGAUCUCCACAUGCAACUCAACAAACCAAUUACUGAUUCUCCACUUCUCAUGUCUUCCUAUAUUAACCACAUGACUCAACUUCGAUGUAUGAAUUGGGACACCCCAAUGCCAAGCUUCAAGGCCUGCAAUUGUGGAGCUCCGGAGUGUCACAUUCCAGUUUUUGAGAAAAUAAGCGAAGGCUUCACAGCUAUCAGGAUGGUUGAUAGUGGAAGAUUGGCCCCCCCGAGGUCUCCUCCACCUGCAUCAGGUCGCACACCAUCACACCCUUAUACCUGGGAUACUCCAAUAUUCACAUGGGGCGAUACACAGGAUGAGAUGGGUCAUGAGGAUUCACAGGACGUAGUUGGUGGGGUAUGCGAUGCUAAUACUACACGUACCACUGUGGUGGUGAAGCUGAAGAAGGAUAUAGACAUAACACUUUCUCCAAUGGCUCUAGAAUCUGCCCAACUAUUCAUUGAGGCUCUAACACCAGUGAUGGAGCAGCUGCAUCCCAUGUCAAUUAUCAACCGUGCACAUAUGAAGUCCUUGUCUGCAGUAGCGGGGCAGAAUACCCUCAAAAAGGAACGUUACAUGUACUGGUCUCGGCUUAGGGAUAAAAAAGUAGCAGGAACACCUGAACAAUCGGCAGUCCUAAGCACAACCUAUCAGGAGAGUUGUUUCAAGCAAAUGCAGGGGCAAGUCACAGUGCCAAGGGUGAACAUUACACUACUGCAAGCGUCCGUGGUAGAGGAAGUUAUAUCAUUCUCUGCCCUUGAUAACAUACGGGACUUGACAUGUGUGUCCUUAUUCUCUGUGUGUCUAGAUAAUGUUAGCCUUCAGUUUUAUUCUGGACACCAGUCAAAAAAGUCAGUCCAUAUGUACAUGAGGAAUCCGCAUGAUCCUGUUAUGCAAAAGAAGGGAAAAGGUAAAGCAAGACAUGCAGUUGAUUUACUAGCAGAACCAGUUUACAUUGAGACUUCUGAGAAACAGCAGGAGGAAAAUAUGAUGUCUGUUGAUGUGAACAAGAUGCAUGUCCAGCUGAGGCGCCUCAAGAAUGAAAGUGUUUUGCUAAAGGAUGCUAGCAUAACAGCAGUACCAAACCACAGAUCUAAAGUGUUGUUUACCUUCAAGCGCUGUGCUCGUGUGAACAGUGAGGAUGGAGACAAUGGAGGCUCAGCAGGAACCCCAGUUAUGGAGGAUGACAGAAUGGGUUUCAUUAUGUUUGAGGCAGGCUUGGAGAAUGUUGCAUUAAGAUGUCUAAAGAGGACGAGCAUUCUGCACGCCGAUUGCGACAGAUCUCUCUGCAAUGCAACAUGUGAGAUUACUGGAGUCACAGUAGAUUUAACUGCUGUCAAUUCUUUGAAGUGCAAAAUAUACCUUCAGUACGGUGAAGAUUUGAAACUUUAUACCAAAGACAAACGUGAUAUUACAUCUUUCAUGGUGGAAUUGAGGACUGUUUGGUUCAAUUUUGCUGCCCCCCCUCACACUCCAUUCACUAAGAAAAUUGAUUUCACAAGACUGGACUGGAAUUUGCUUAGCACAGCAUCUCCCUCAAUCAAUGCUUGGAUGAACCCAAGUGACCGACUCACUGUUGCAGUCAUCCAGUUCCUGCAUGCGUCAGAGAUUCGCAGACUGGGGGUCAUGGCCUCCCUCAUGGCAGAAGCUCUUGAUGUGCAAAGUCUGCAUGUACCUGUCAAGAAUAAGUAUGUCAAGCUGAUGCCCCUUAGUCAGACACUUCAAGAAGAUCCUUCAUGUCAGUUAUGCACAGUGUUACGUCGUUAUGUUCUGCAGUCAUCUUCACGCACCAUUGAGAGCAACUUAACACCACAGCAUCUUCCCAAGCUUGCUACUCUGAGACAGGGUGUAGUGGUCCUAAGUCGGCAGUGGAAGAAUGCAUUGUACAUGCCACUGUUGAUGGAACAAACAUUUAGAAACAAGCAGGCACGACCAACAUUUAAUUACAGGCCAAAUGCAGUACCAGAGGGUCGAGCAACACCAAAGUUUGAUCCGACCCUAAUAGCAACUGAAGUAACAGAUGAGAAAACAACACUUCUUGAGGCCGAAGGAGGAUCACUACACUCUCGACAAGCUCAGGAUUCAGAUGGGAGUGGGACCAUUGGAGGUGAAGAUGUCACUGAGGGAGUACUGAGUUCCAGCUCGACCCAGCUCCCUCCCAGACGAUCACUCCCGUCCUACCCACCUCGCUCUUCGAGGGCAUCAGUAAUUCUGCCUGUUUUCAACACCAACUUUGAAUCCCCUGCUAGAUUCCAGUUUCCAAAAAUUGGAGUAGGCAUUGGUGGACACCUGGGAUUUUUGCGUGGAGGCAAUCAGGCUCGUGGUGGAGCAGCAGAUGAUCGUAGUAGGGGCAGCCACACCUCUGGAUCAGAUCAGAUUUCCUCAUCUAGUUGUGAAGGCGUUGGGGGAUCAGGCAUAGGAACACCAAGUCGGCCUCCCACGGUGGGUUGUGAGAAAGAUCAUGAUGAUCUUUACAAUUGGAUGGUGCGGCAGCAGGAAUACACCCAUGCCAAUGAUGGUACUAAACCCACAGUGACUUUUCCUCAUCAAAGUGGCCUUCAUACAGUAAAUGAAGGAGGCAGUGAUCGCCGUGAGCAUCAUCCUAUUAAGGACUCAAACAUAAUGCCUGAGCCUCAGGGUGCCCACUUCCUUGAGGCUCAUGUGAUCUUUGAACCUCUUCUCUCUGCAAUUGGUGUAAUAACACAACAGGUAACAGGAGGAGCCCUCGAGCAGCUGGGAUCAAAUGUUUCCAUCACUGCAAGUGUUGAGACUCUCCGUGUGGACAUCAUUGAAUCUGAAGCUUCCAAACUAAACAAGAAGAAGCGCAAAACUGGCCUUCAUCCAGGUAACACACCUGCAACAUCAGGGGACAACUCAGAGGUUCCUGGUAAAUUCUUCCUAGAUAUUGGCAGUGAAGUCCCAGCUUUCCUAUGUGAACGUGUUGGACUUGAGAUAGAUGUCAGCAAAGUGGCAGAUGAUUCUCGAGAAUGGGUCACUCACCAGCCAACAAUUUUCGUUUCAAGAAGUGCCUUGAAACAACACACCUCAACAAUGGUUCACUUCUCUCUGAAUAUCCAUUAUAUUGCUCAGCAGGUCAAUAUGCCCCUUCUGAGACUACUACACCAAAUAAGUUCAAUGUAUCAGAAUGCCAGAGAAACGCAGUUGGGUUUGCGGGAACAGAGACCAACUCGCACAAAGGACACCAAUUUACCCCCACAUCACAAAGAUGGAUCUUAUUCAGAACUACAUGAGGGAGAAUAUAAGGGAGCAGAAUAUAGCAUCAGCAUCAGUGAGGAGCAGGCUACUGUGUCAUCAUUAGCUGGCAUAAAGGGACCGCGCGGGUCAGUUGUCUCAUCCCUCUCUGCACGCAUAUCACCACAACCUCCAACCUCUCGAGUCAUGAGACCACAGAGUUUUGCGCAGAGGUUCCGAUCCUCCACAAAAAUGAGCAAAGGUUAUACCAAUCUUGGGGCUGAGCGUGGCACAGGCAGCCCACUCUUCAGUAUCAGUGUAAGUGGCUCUGGUCUGGAGGGUGCCACCAUCUGCUCUUCAGAUAAGUCACCUUUGCUUGGACCUGCUGAGGCUCCAACACCCAUCCCAGCAGCCUCUGCAACUCCCAAGUGCUGGAGGAAUAUAUAUUAUCUUCUGGAUCUGUACACCACCACUCCAGAAACAAAGACAGUACAGCAAAGGACAUCAGUAGCAGGAGAUGCAUCAGAUGGGUACAAAGGCAGCCGCAAAUAUGAUAUUCUCAAAGAAAGUAAGCAAGUGGAUGUAGAGGCCGGAAUCACCACCUCAGUCAGUGCUCCACCCCUUGUUGCUGAGAAAACAAAAGAUAUCGGCCUGAUAUCAGGAGAACGGACACCUCUUGUAGUGUUUGGAUUAGCUAAGAUUCAGCGAACCAAGCUGCUUGCUACGCUCAGUGGUCUAAAGCUUGAAGCUGAAAUGAAUGCUGUUCAUUCAUCACUUACUUUCAGAGAAAAGGUAAGAGGAACUCGAACGCAGAUAAGAUCAACCCAGCGCACAACCUCAGAGCUCUCGCACACAGGCCAUAUUGGAAGUACUAUGAUCGUGCUCUUGGAAGGCAUUGCCCCCAAUCAGCAGACUGUUGUGAGAGUAACUAUUGGGAAGAGCCAAGGACUCUACUCUAGCCUUUCUCGCAAAACCAAAGACAAGAAUUCUGCCCUCAUCACCAUUGGCGAAGUUCAUGUUGACAUUCCUCAGCAUCCUGUGAUUCUGCAUGACAUGAUGACUCGCGGAACCAAGCAGCUCUCAAGUACUUUAAUGGAACUGCGUGUUGCUCGUCCCAGUGCGCGGUUAAGCCGAGGAGCCACAGUUGAUGAACCUGAUGUGACAGCUUCCCCACGGCCACCGCAAGAACCUCCAGGCCCUCAGGAACCAUCGCCUCCAGAUUCAUUGCUGCAUCCACUUGUGAUACAGUUCUCUAUUUUACUUCAGAGUCUUAGUAUUCAAGCAGCUUUGCUGCCAUCUCUGCAGGCACAGUAUCGCAUGGAACAAGUCUCUAGUUUAGGAAUAACUGGUGCCAAGGCCAAGUUCACUGUACAUCUCCCCACACACCACCUGUCAUUUUCGACAAGGCUGCAGGGAUUGCCAAGUGAAACUCACCUACCAUCAUCAGCCAGUAUCCAGCUACCACAAGUACAUGUUGAAGCAGAGUUUAUACAGGAUGAUGACAGGCAUAGUGAUCAACAUGCAGCAGCAGAUGGGAUGGUGUUGCGCGAGGGAAGCUACCUCAGUGCUGUGGCAGAGAUUGGUGCUCUGGAGCACAGCCUGACCACAGACCUGCUGAAUCACCUGGUCUUUGUGCAGAAAGUGUUUAUGAAGGAAGUUAAUGAAGUUGUGCAGAAAAUGGCUGGAGGAGACAAACCAGUACCUCUAUGGACUGAGGAGGGACCAAGCCAUGUCACUCAACCUCGACGCUUGCUCUUCACCCUACAGUUGCGACUGAAAGGUAUCAUCAUCACAGCCACAACUCCAACUCAGUCUGCGGUGAGGUUAGAAACAGGAGUCGUCGAACUGCAGCUGAGUAACCGAGUGGAGAACAUCAGCCGUCCAAGCCAUACAUUCUCUGAUCCAUCGCAGCCAAUGAAGAUUUUUGGAAAGGCUCAGGUGGACAUCAAUUUAGCUCUGGGCCAACUCCUAAGGAAUGACAUGUUUGAAGAAGCUGAGCCAGAGUUCCAACAGUUGGCAUUCUUCCGCACCAGAAUUUAUUUAAGGAAUGCUCUUUAUAAUGAGAUGAUGAGCGUAGGGGACGAUGGGGAAGUUGUGCUUAUUACCCUCACACGACCCCUAGUGUGUGUUCAGCCUCUUGCUGUGGACAGGGCUGUCCUUGUUUGGCUGAAUUACAAGAAUGCCUAUGAAUAUUGGAGUGAACAACGAGCUUCUCUUAAUAAGGAAGUGUUAACAGCUACACAGCAGGUCUUUGAGAAAGUUCCUCAGUUUUCCUCCCUCUCGUCAGCGGCACAUAUAAAGAACAAUGUCUAUCUGCAGCUGACAGUAGAUGAUAUUGGUAUAUGCCUUCCACUCAACCCUUGUCGCACUGUAAGCCAUCAGGUUGAUUCAACAGAGACACGAGAUGCUCUCGUGGUGACACUUGAAAGCACCAUCAUAUCUGCCUGUAACUCUGGCUCUCUGGUAUGUAAGGCGCGCUUCAAAGGAUUCUGUAUGCGGUUUGCACCAGAGUUUGAGACAAGCCUUGACGAUUGGAAACCUGAUUUCAAGGAUCCAACAAUCAACUUGUGCACUGUAUCUGAGGGUACAUAUGAAGUGUGCAGCCGUACUGUUGCUGGACACCCAGAAAAAGCAGAGAAUGCUAAGUGGCUUCUGAAUGUCAUGUGGCAGAUGGAAGGAGUUGACCUUCAUCUAGAUGUCAACAUUGGGAAGCAUUUGAGUGCCUUGGCUCGCACGCUAACCAUGUUGACAGGUGCCCCAGACACAGCCAUACCCCAGUCUAGUUAUGAUUCUGAUGAUGAUGAUGACCACACUGACCAUUCUUCUUCACAGCAAGAAUCAGCUUCAGGAAGAAGACAAAUAGCACUUAAUGAAAGCCUCCCAGCUUUCAUAUUUGACCCUAAUCUUGAUGCCAGACAGCGAGCCAAGCUUCUGGAGAUAGAAAUGAAUGAACAGGCAAAGACUGUCAAUGACUUGAAGAUGUUAGGUGCUUCAGCCUCUACCAUCGAGCAAGAAAUGCGACGCCUGCAGGAUCUGGAAGCAGUCGUCUUCCAUGACUUCCGUCGCGAUGUGAUCAAGAAGCUACGGAGACAGAGUGUUAAGGCAACCUCAAUGAAGGACCGCCUUGGCCUGGGCCCCAAGUCUCAUCUCAGGUCCAAGAGCUUCAAGGUGCCCUCACCAACCAUAGAAGUUAAGGAACCUGUGCACAUUGGAAGUCGAGGGAGCAUUGACCAAGCUUCCAUUAGUGUAGACAGUUCACCCUGCCACACUGCUUCCACUAAUGACCCUGCAGCUCAGAAAGUAAAAUUUGUUGAAGGAUCGACUAUUGGGCGGCACUUGUCAUUCACAAGUGGCUCAUCAGACUCUUACCCCACGGAUGAAAUUGACAACUCCGAUGUGUUCCUGUCAACACCAGGGCAUGGCAGAACCCCAACACCUACAAAUGUGUCUGAUACAGAAACAGAAACUAUCACUAUCACUAAUUUCAGCAGCAGUGACAAUGUAGGCAGCAUGGAGAGCAAGAGCUGUGGAGGUCUUAGUGCGUUGGUGACCAUGCUGGACCAGGAAGGAGGACAGACUGCGGGAGAAGCUGGUGAAGGGAGAGGCAUCACCCAUGACGAGGGGGGUGGCACUGGCAGCACUCCGGGAACUGGUACAGCACCCUUGUCUGGUCAUUCAAGCAGUCACAGCUCAGGCCCUAUUACUCCAGGGGGACUAGGAUCAAGUAGUUCAGGCACUGUUAAACCACAGGACCCAAGUAUAGACCUGGAGUUGGAUGUGAGGGUAUGCAUUAGCUCUGGAAUGUGCAAUCUUUAUACACGUUGCAUCUCAAGAGAAGAGGAAAAAAGAAUGAAAAAAGAAAGAAGUUUUUCUGGUGGUAUAUCUGAAGCUCCAGGAAGUCCUGGAUCAGUUCGCAAAAAGAAUGAAGGUCGACCCAAUAUCUCCUCAAACAAACUACGUGCUCCUCCUCCGCCAUCACUUUCAGUAUCAGCUGACACAGUGUUCUACAUUCCUGGACUGGAUGUGAAGGUACAUUAUGAGUCACACAACAUUCAUGAAGAGACACCAGUAGGAAGUGGUGGAGGCCUCAGUGAAGGUGCAGGGUGGUCACCAGCUGGAGUAGCAGGUUGUGGUGGGAGCCAGGGUGGAAGUACAUCAAGGAAGAGUGCUGUUGGGGCAAGUGGCAUGAAGAGAGCUUCUCUCUUUACAUGGCUUACCUUACAGAGUAUACAAAGAGAGACAACAGUGAGCCCAAACAUUUUAGAAUUUUUGGAGCUAGCUCUGGAGCCAUUACCUUUACCUGAACCUCAGCACAAAUCACCUGUUGCAUCUCAAGAACCUGAGCCAGUGUACAAUGUAGAAGUGGAGGCAACUACAGCUGGUGGAGGUGGAGGUGUUCCGUAUGUUUAUGCUUCAUUUCCUGUAGAUGUGGUUGUUUACUUCCACAUGCAGCCAUCAACAAUCAGAUUUUCUUGUCAACCUGUAUCCCGUGUGGAAUGUCUUCUGCAGCUUCCAUCCCUGAACUUAGUGUUUUCUUCAAAGAGAGCUGAGGAUGGCACAAUGACUGGUUUGGAUAGCAAACUGCAAGCAACCAUCGGGGGGCUGAGCGUCACAGGAGUCCUGGAAGACUUUUCCCUUUAUGUCUUCCACCCUUAUGGAGGGAAGCAGCGUGGGGCGACUGGUGCUCCCUAUCUGGCGACGUCUCCCCUGGCUGCUCUCACUGACAGUGAACGAAAGGACUCCCUCAGUGUCAUGGUGGAAUUUGUCAAGUUCCACAUUUCAAGAUCACGCAAGAUAAAUUUCAAGCCAGAGACAAAUACCAAAUUGAAAUCUGCAAAUACUGUUGAUUCUGCCAAGGCCAUUAUCAGAUUUUCUACAAUCAUAGAUAUUGGGGCAGCGCACUUCAAAUAUGACAUGCGGAGGCUGACAGAGAUCCUGGCCUUCCCAAGAGCAUGGUACAGGAGGUCUAUUGUAAGGAGGUUAUUUCUUGGAGAUUUUACUGGAGGUGCAGUCUCAAGUGAGUGGGACGAGACAAGUCCAGCUCCAGCAACGGACUCUCCAGGAAACCACAAUGUUCCCCCAAAGCGCCACUCCUCCAGCUCGGCUGAGGGUACUGAUCUGAACCGUCGAGAUAAUGGUAGCAUAAGCAGUGGCAGUGGAGGAAGCCAACAGACACCUACCACCUCAAGCCAGCCACAUGGUACUGCUGGGGCUGGCAGUCGGGCCAGGGACAAGCUAAGGCUCAAUUUUGAUUCUGAUAUUAACAUUAGAAAAAGCCCAAAAUUGUCGGCAGGAAAGAAAGAAGGAAUAAAUGACAAGGAAAAUGACAUAAGCAACGGGACUGUUCCUGGAGAAGCCACGGAUAGCAAAGCUGAAACCAGAUCAGGAGAGGACACAGAAGCCACAGGGACAACGCAAGGGAUGAACAAGUCUGGCUCCUGGGAGACUCUGGUUCUCUUUGCUGUAAAUUUCACAAGGCUGGGAGUACAGAUGAAUAUGGGGAAUGUCAUGGGAAAUGUCGUAUGGACAACCAAAGACUUCAAGGCAGAUGGAAGACUCUCCAUAGGCAGCACUGGGCACAAGAACAUGUACAUAGGUCUUGGUCUUGGUGGCUCGGCCUUGGAUGCCAAGGGUGGAAUAGUUGGUGGCAUUAUUGAACUCUCAGAAAUCAAUAUGUACUUAAAAAUAAGGGAAGAUCCAGGUAUGGAGCCAGACCACACCAUCGGAGUAAAGCUGUUUGCAUCACAGUCCCGUCUGGAUUAUAUGGGCACCAGUGUGCUGAUGGGGCGAGUGUCAUCCUUUGGGGUCACAUUGCGGGAUGAGUGGAAGCUGAAGCAAUGUGCUGAGGGGGAUGAGGAUACAACUCGAAGAGGGGCAACCAUAUUCAUCCUUGGAGACUUGGAAUGGGAUCAGCUGCAAUUGAUCAUCAGUAAAUCUACCACAGCUGACUUGCUGAAGAUGCAUCAUAAACUGGACGAAUUCUUUUCACAGCAGUUCAAGUCAAGCAAACGUGUCUUUUCGUCUCUCCAACCAACAAGACACAAGUCUUCAGUCAAGCACAGGCAUAAGGAUGGGAACCGCAAAAUGGCUAAUGUUCUUGGAAUGCCAAGUGGUCAGGAUGCACGUCAUCAUAGACACUGGCAGGGAGUCCUACACAGAGUGUCUGGGCUGAGACUGACUACUCUGCCACUGCCUUUGCCAGACUCAGGCACUGUCCUGGGAGGGUCUUUGGAGCUGCAUGGAAAAACCAUAUCCCUUGCUUGCUUCCAUGGGUUAAAUUUCAAGAGCAAAUCAUGGGCUUUGUUCAGCCUUCAGGAACCAUAUAUCAACUUUACCUCCGAAGUUCAAGAAGUGCCUGGAGACCCACCACGUGAUACACACAUUGUACAGAACCUGACAUUCAGUUUAGGAGUCAUGGAGCAGACUCAUGCUCAGCAUGUCUCCAUGGCAACAGUUUGUCGCAUAACUAGGAAUAUGGUGUUCCCUCCUCAAUUCCGCACAAUACAGGAAUGGUUCCACUAUGCAUUCUGUACAUCUGAACUAGACAAUGUGGACCGUUUCCCAUCUCUUGACCGAAGUGAUAGUUUACCAUCCUCUUCAGCUGAGGGAAAACGAGCAUCCACACGACUCCAAGAUCACAACCACUCUUCAGAGACUGUGUUUGCUUUACCAUCAAUGCAGAUUCAUCUCACAACCAAACACUUACAGACAGCUACCACACCAGACUUUAUGGAUGAAAAGCCCAAGGUGGAGUGUUCUCUUGUGACUGAAUUCCAGGACCACAUUUUUGUUGCUGUUGAUGCUGAGAAUUUCUUCUUUUUACAUGAUCUCAUUUCAUCAUAUGUUAAGGACACUAAAGAGAAAAUGGCAAGGAAAACUAAAGUGGGAGCAGAGCCAGAGAGCAAAGACAAUGGGGACAAGAAACCCAAAGUUGUACGAGUCAACGAGCCCACGCAACUCCUGCAGCAGGAUUGGAGGGAAUUUACAUGUGGCACGUGGCAUCUGGAGCCCACUGUCAGACUGCUGUCAUGGGCCACAAAGAAUCUGGAACCCUAUGGAGUAGACUAUAUCCUGCAGAAGCUGGGCUUCAGUCACGCAAGAACCACAAUACCCAAGUGGCUCCAGCGAGGGUGCAUGGAUCCUCUGGACAAAGUCUUGUCAGUUCUCAUGUUCCGCAUGAUAGCUGCUAUAUACGAUCAUGAUAGUGCCAACAAAUGAUAAUUUACAGUGUGAAGAUUGCCAAGAUUCUCUCUCUCUUUUUUUUUUUUUUUUUUUUAUUGUUGCAGACACUAUGAUAAAGCUCAGUGGUUUCUAUAGGUGAAAAAUUAUGAUACUGAAUUCUCUCUUUCUAUUGUUGUAUAAUUACAGUCAGAUUUUUAGAUUAUGUAUUUAUGGAAUACACUAAUGUAGAUUAUUAGUAGAUGAAGAUUGAUAACAGUGGAAGUAACUUAAAGAAAAAACAUUAUUGGGAGUACCUUUGAAAUUUUAUAAAGUAUAAAGGUAAUGUAAAGGCAUAGGUGUGUAGCACACUGGAAUAAAGUUGUGAACACAGGCAUGUUAGUGCAAUGAACAACUGAAUUAAUUGCUAAUUGGUGUUAGACCAGAUGUAGACUUGAGCCAUUAUUUUGAUGUAAACAUUUUAAAUAUAUAUAUGGUUAUAUAUGUGUGUCUGUGCGGGUGUGUGUGAGUGUGUGUGAGCAUGUGUGAGCGUGUGUGAAUGUGUGUGAGCUUGUGUGAGUGUGUGUAUGUGCAUGU